AUGGCGGAGGCUCUGAACUCUGAGACUGAGUCCACCACCACCACAAUAUCCGACCCAUUUUCUAAAGAACUGAGUUUGGAGGAUCCGAAUAGGAAAUGGAUCAAACGUAGCAGAGAAAAUGCAGAAGAUGAUGAUGGCAAUAGCAGUAGUAGCAAAGCCACCAAAAACAACAGUAAACAUCCGGUUUACAGAGGUGUUCGGCGGCGGGCGUGGGGAAAAUGGGUAUCGGAGAUCCGACAACCGAAGAAGAAAUCCCGGAUCUGGCUUGGAACCUUCCCUGACCCGGAAAUGGCUGCACGUGCACACGACGUCGCUGCACUCUCCAUCAAAGGCAAGUCCGCCAUUCUUAACUUCCCUGAACUGUCGGAUAUCUUGCCCCGACCCAUUUCAUGCUCACCAUGUGAUGUCCAGGCAGCGGCCACUAAAGCUGCUUCCAUGGUUCACCUCAACCAGAUCACAACCGCAACGACGCCGUCAACGCCGUCCACGUCUGCUUCUUCGACUUGCUCCGCCGCGUCCACGUUGACGUCGUAUUCGGGAAAGCCACCGUCGGAAGAGCUGAGCGAGAUAGUGGAGCUUCCGAGUUUGGGAGAAGGGUUUAACUCGAACGAUUUUGUAUUUGUGGACUCUGGUUGGGACUACUUCUCGUCGCCACCAUGGGUGGAGGGCGGCGACGGUGGAUGUUUCGGUGGAGAGCCGUUGUCCGUAAUGCCGUCGACUUCCGGACAUGUUAUAUCACCUGGCAGCUUUUUCUUUGAUGCCUUAUUAUGGCAAUAUUAA